UGAAUUUUAUUGAAGUGCGAAUGUUAAGAACGGUUCUUGUGUAAAAUUUUUUGGAAAAACAUAAAAUUUUUAUUUUAAACGCUGCCAUUAUAUUAACUACAAUAAGCGAGGUCUGGUGAAGACAAUUGCUUAUAGAAGUAUCAAUAACGCUUGCAAAACUAAUUAGGAGCUUCCGUUUCAAUAAACUUGAUUAUAAAUUCCACGAUUAAUUUGCAAAAAUUGUUGACGGUGAUUAUCCAAAGGUGAUUGACGGUGAUUGUAUUGAACUUUAUAGUAUCUACAGUACAGUUCCAGUAAAACCAUUGCUUAUAAGAGUAUUUUUAAACCAGGCAAAUAAAUUUAAAAUUUAAAAAAAUCGCUGUUUCAAAGUUUUAAGAUAUUCUUUGCAAAAAUGGUUUGGAGUUUCGGAAAGAUCGAUCUUAGCUGUACACCUUCAGUUAAAGAUGGCGUAUCAAUUGAAACCGAGAAGCGCUAUCGCAAAGAAGGUGCUCGUUUUAUCAGUGAUUGUGGAAUGCGUCUUAAGAUUGGCCAUAACACGAUAGCAACUGCUGUUGUUAUGUAUCACCGCUUUUACUUGAAGCAUUCUCAUAGGAUGUUUCCACGUUUUUUUACUGCGUGUGCUUGUAUUAUGUUGUCGGGAAAAGUAGAGGAAACGCCAAAGAAGUGUCGAGAUAUCAUUGCAACAGCCGAAUUUUUGUUACCACCGGUUUAUAUAUCUACAUUUGGUUCGUGGCCUGAAAAAGAUAUAAUCGUACUUGAAAAAAUAUUACUGCAAACAAUUCACUUUGAUUUCGACACUGAGCAUCCUUAUAAGUUUUUAAUUCAGUAUGCCAAAGGAAUCAAAGGUGACAAAGCAGUAAUACAAGAUAUCGUUCAAAUGGCUUGGAAUUUCAUUAAUGACUCAUAUGGUAUAAUUUUGUGCAUUGAGUGGGAGCCAGAGAUCAUAGCAGUAGCUCUUCUGAAUCUUGCGUGCGAAUUAUCUAAAUUUUCAGUAACGGAUUGGUGUAACAAAACACCUACCCAAGAGUACUGGUGGGAUGUUUAUAUAGCCGGUAUAAGUAUAGAUGAAUUGCGGGGCCUGGCUAAAGAAGUGCUUGAUAUCUAUGAACUGCCAGAAAAAAAAGAUAUCUCAACAAUCACUGAGCUGAAAAAUACACAAAGUCCAAAUGGUGGAAAUGCAAAUGUAGCCAAAACUGUUGAUGUAUCAAAUGAAUGCCAUGAUGAACCAAAUAAUGAAUUGGAAGACGUGUCAUAUAAGACAUUAAUUGAAGAGUUUGUUGAAUACGAGAACGAGUUAAAAUUAAGAAAUUUAACAACUCGAAAGGAAAACAUAUUGCCUGUACCAAGUGUGUUUACUGAAGAUAAGGAAUCAAUGUGCCAGCACAAAUCCAAUCUAAUAGAAGACGGUAAUAAGGCUUUCCAAUUAGGCAGCAUUACAGAGAAAUUAUCAGCAAAUUCAGCAGCAAGCAAUGCGAAAGCAUUAACUAGAACAGCUGAAAUGUCAAAAACUGAUGCUGUACUUACGUCUGAUAGCGUGUUUCCAUCACUUAAAACAAAUAAUAUUGGUACCUUUAAACCUUUUAUAAUAAAAACAGCAGAAUUAAACAAGAGUGGAGAAGCACCAAUAAGUAAAUCUUAUUUGUCAUCAUUCAAUAGACUGAAUUCGAGUUCUUGUGCAACAACAUCUAAAAACGUAUCUCUCGAUCAGGUUAUUGCGAAUGAGCCUGCAAAUAGAGCAUCAAUUACUUAUAGAACCAAAAAUGAACCAACCUUUAUAAAAUCAUUCACUUCUUCUAAUUCAUCAGAGAAUGGUCAAUGGAGCUCAGUAAUUAAUUCGCACUCAACACAACUGCAGACCCAAAUGAACACUGCAAAAGUACAGACUAAAUUAUUCGCUUUAGAUUCUGAUAAAAUAGAGAAUAAUGGAAAACGUAAAUUAGAAGAUAAUUCUAAGAAUAAAGAAAUCACAAAGAAGGCCGCAACCGCAACUUCAAUCUCACCAGUAAUAACCGUUAAGGAGUCGGAAAGUAUGUCUAAAACAAAAGACGUCUUUGGAAAUUAUUCGUUGAUCAGCAUGCCUAUAUCUACAAAAGAUAACAAAAAGAAAAUUCAGUUUUCGAAAGCAUUGACAGACAAAUUUAAUUACUUGAUCAAUAAAUCUGUUAACAACGCUACUAGUACCAUUAAUGAUGAUUUAAAUAAACAAUGCAACAUGGAAACCAUCGUCAAUGUGUCUGAAUGUCACAAUAUGAAUACCUCUACAAACGCUUUACAACGUCUCGUCGAAGAAUUACCACAAUCAUCUAAUGUAACAGCUGUUUCUGUACCAAAAGAUCCAGAAGAUGAAUUAUUGUACCCUACUUAUUCCAAACAGUCUAUCGAUUAUUCCAAUGUUUUCACAAAUAAUAACACUCAAAGCCUAACUUCUACAUGUGAACCUCAUCAAGCAGCAAUGCAAUCCACAUUACAAAUUCAUGUUAACCAGACAAAAGAAUCGACUAACAAUAUUAAUUAUGCAAGCUUGACUUCUACAUGUGAGUCUACUCAAGCAGCAAUGCAAUCCACAUUACAAAUUCAUGGUAACCAAACAAAAGAAUCGGCUAAUGAUAUGAAUUAUGCAAACAAUAUGAAUCCUGUUGAUUCGUAUAAUAUUCAGCUGGAAACUAGGGAUUUAAAAAUUGAAUCACCAGCUAAUCAAAUGCAAGUCAUAUCAACAACUACUUCAAAUGACACUGAAAUGGAUACAGGUAUACGAUCAAUGCCAUAUGCAAGUUCAUACGAAUGUAAUAUGGAUAUUAUGCAAACAAUUUUAUAUAAUGUACUUUACCCACCCCCUCCGCCUCCGCUACCACCAUUAUCUCAGGAUACACCUCAGCCAUCAGUACUCAGCGAAUCACAGCAAUCAUUAUUACUUAACAGUGAAAUAUCCCAAACACUUGAACCAAAGUUGCUCAAUGAAAUACCGAUGUUUAGCGAUAUAUCUCAACCUUCAUUGUCCGUGGAUACAUAUCAGCCAUCAUUGCCUUAUGAUGUUUCUACACGUCCAUUACUUACACCACCUUCAGUAUCAACGCAAACAUCAUUAACAAAAAAUGUUCCUGGAUCACAGAUACUUUCAUCACCUUCGGUAUCAACACAACCAGCUAUGUUACCUGCAAAUUUACCAACAAGUUCACACAUCACAGCAGACGAAUUAUAUAUGCAAUUACUAUCAUUUUAUCAAGCGCAAUGGUUCAACUCUCUUCAUGCUAUAACAGAAGAUAUGCCAGUUACACAACUUAAUGAUUUUAUUAGAGGCGCGCCUAUAACGGAUAAUGAUAUGUCACAAUCUAAUAUGUACUAUGAUCCGUCAACUAAUCAGGAAUGGGCCCCAUUCUACACAGAACCAGCUUAUCUCAGUGCUUUGCAAACGUAUGCAGAACAAAUGUCCUCAAAUAUAAAUAGUAAUUCAAAUAGUAAUUCAUAAUAAUUUUUUCCUAUUAUUUUUUA